AUGGAUCCGUUGGCAAAAGUUUCUAUAUUAUCGCCAUUGGCGAUGCUUCAAAUGCAUCAUCAUAAACCCAAAAAGUCUUGGAUCAGAAGUGUGAUGAGUGACGUGAAACGCUCUCUCUUGGAUAUGAGUCCAGGUGGAAAGACGGAUGAUGCGGACGAAGAACCAGAUGAUCAUAUCGAGAGUAAUGAGACAUUUGGCGAGUUUUGUACAAGACAAGCCCAAAAUGUGGUUCAUUUUCUUGUGGAAGACUGGUUUCUCUCUGCUCUCCUUGGCAUCAUCACCGCCGUCCUCUCUGUGGGAAUGGAUGUGGCAAUUGAGGUCUUACAGCAUGGUAAUCUUUUUUUUUUCGAAAUUUCAGCAUUAAAUAUUCCGAUUUCAGCUCACGUCACCUUUUAUGACAAGAUGUUGGAAAUAUCCACUUAUCUGGCGUUCUCUCAAUGGGUCGCCCAUAUUGUUAUUCUGACUAUGUUCUCGGCGAUUUUUUGUCAAAUUGUAUCAAAACAAGCAGUUGGAUCCGGAAUUCCUGAAGUGAAGGUAAUAAUGCAUGGAUUCAAGAUGGAGAAUUAUUUGACAACACGAACAUUGGUAGCAAAAAUGGUUGGAUUGACAUUGGCGAUGGGAGGAGGAUUGCCGAUUGGAAAAGAAGGACCUUUCGUACAUAUGGGUGCCAUCGUUGCUACGUUGCUCUCAAAGAUCACAUCAGCCUGCCAAUACUCGGCAUUCUUCAGCAAUGAAGGACGCGAAAUGGAGAUGUUAUCGAGCGGAUGCGCUGUGGGAAUUGCAUGCACCUUUUCAGCGCCAAUCGGAGGUAGACAAUUCCCCGAGGGAAGAUUUAUAGAUCAUAUUAGAAUUUCAGCCGUGUUGUAUGCUAUUGAGUCAACAUCCAAGUACUUUGCGGUUAAAAACUACUGGAGGGGUUUUCUAGCUGCCACGUGUUCUGCCAUAGUCUUCAGAUGUGCGAAUUUCUUUGUAACGGCUGAGCAAUCUGGGACCAUUACCGCUUUUUAUCAAACAAGAUUUCCGACUGAUUGCUUUUUGGUGGAGGAACUUCCUAUUUUCUUGCUCUUGGGAUUUAUCAGUGGAUUGAUGGGAUCUCUGUUCAUUUUCAUUCAUCGACAAAUCUCGAUUUUCCGAUCCAAGAACAAAGUGUACAAAUUGAUUUUUAGAAACAAUUUCCUUGCUUUCACCGUAUUUAUGGCGUUUGUUGUCGGAGUGCUCACUUUCCCGAAUGGUCUUGGACGAUAUUUUGCUGGUCGAUUGACGUUCCGAGAGACUAUGGCCGAUUUUUUCAAUAACUGCACUUGGGUUUCAAACGAUUCUAGACGAUGUCCAGAUUCAAUUCUAACUCAUUGGACCGGUGGAACUGAAGGAGAUGUUUCGAUUUUCACCAGUCUUGUUCUCUAUUAUAUUCUUUAUUUUGUCCUGGUUGCGAUUUGCAUUUCUAUCAAUGUCCCUGCUGGAGUUUUUGUUCCAUCCUUCAUCAUUGGGGCGGCAGGUGGAAGAUUGAUGGGAGAAACUAUGGUUGUUCUCUUCCCGGAAGGAAUGCGGGGUCCUGGAGGCCCUCCAAUCCAUCCUGGUCUCUAUGCAGUUGUUGGUGCAGCUGCGUACACGGGAGCUGUCACUCAUACCCUUUCAGUUUCCGUCAUCAUUUGUGAACUCACCGGACAACUUUCACCAAUUCUUCCUGUUUUGGUAAGUGUUAUUUGUGCUCAAACAUCAAACCUUUUUAUUGCUAUGCUUAUGGGAAACGCUGUUUGCAAGUUCCUCCAACCUUCAAUUUAUGAAUCAAUUAUUCGCGUCAAGAAGUACCCGUACCUUCCGGAUUUACCCCCAUCAAGAGUUUCGGUUCAUACUGUUAAAGUGGAACAAUUGAUGGUCACUGAUGUGAUUUAUAUCACCAAAGAUAUGACUUAUCGGGAAAUGAAAGACAUUCUUCAAUUGGCUCCACAUUUGAGAAGUUUCCCAAUCGUCACCGAUCAUGAAAAUAAAAUUCUUCUCGGAUCAGUUGCCAAGAGAUACCUAACAAUGCUGCUCCGGCGUCAUGUCCUAGUGAAUCAACAAGAUAGUCGUAACAUCGGAAGAAUCACUCCAGCAGAGAUUUUCAACACUAUCCGUAGAACUAGCAUGAGAUUGUCCCGACGUUCUCCAUCUCGUCGCUCGAAUAGCUCUCAGACCCGAGAAAACUCAAUUCCAGAGACUGCUCGUAGCGAUGCUGUAUCUAACGAUCAAGUUGAAUUUGUGUCGGAGAGAACGAUUUCUGGAAAUACUCUUCUUUCCAUUUCCCCUCUUCAUUGCCCAAAUAACAUUCCACUCCAAGCUGUUUUCACCAGACCAUCCUCAGCGGAUCUUUCCAAAGCGGAAACCAAUGCGGACAUCCUUCUGAAUCGUAACAUAGAUCUUGAUGAAAUUGCCAUCGAUGCUGCCCCAUUCCAACUUGUUCUAGGAUCAUCUUUGUAUAAAGUUCACACACUAUUUUCUCUUCUUGGCUUGUCACAUGCCUAUGUUACGGAUUGUGGAAAACUGGUAGGAGUCGUUGGAUUGAAAGAGCUUCGUGACGCAAUGGCGAAUAUCUAUGUUAGAGGAGCAGUGGCACCAGUGAAACCAGAUCGAAAAUUAACAUCUGGAACCUAUCUGGAUAUGUCUCAAGUCCACCGUGACAAACUAAUGAACCCUCCAUCGACACCUCCAGCAAAUGGACAUUCUAUAAAUAUAGAAUCUCCAAAGUUCGGAAAUUCGUUGACAGUUCCUCCAAUGGCUCUAUGA